CUUCGCCUCUAGCCUUCUACCAAGCUCCUGAGGGGACUCUCAAUUCAAAGCGAAGCGAGUGACCAGGAGAGGUCUGUGAGAUACUAUGAGUGAUGAAACUGGCAAAGGAGUAAUGUCGCCUUCUCUGUCAUUCCAUGAAGCGCGAUAUCGCAAAACUUGUAUCAGAUGGCUUAUACAGAGAAGCUCUUCAUAUCUAUUCCCAACUCCACUCUGCUUCCCACUCUCCUCAGAGUUUCACUUUCCCUCCUCUCCUCAAAGCAUGCUCCAUCCUCAAAUCUCCUUCGCAAGGUCAAAUCCUGCAUGCCCAUGUCAUCAAAUUCGGUUUCCAAGCAGAUACUUACGCUUCCACAGCUCUCACGGCCAUGUACAUGAAACUUCAUCGUCUUAUUGAUGCCCUCAUGGUGUUCGACGAUAUGCCUCACCGAAAUGUUGCUUCUUUGAAUGCGGCUGUUUCUGGGCUUUCGAAAAAUGGGUAUCAUGGAGUAGCUCUCAGGGUAUUCAAGCUAAUGGGAUAUGGUAAUUUAAGACCCAAUUCUGUUACUCUUGCUAGUUUGUUGUCUGCCUGUGAUGGAGUCAAUAGUGGUGAGCAGAUACAUUGCUGGGCGGUGAAAUUGGGGGUUGAAUCAGAUACUUAUGUUGCGACCUCGCUUAUUUCUAUGUAUUCUAAUGCUGAAGAGUUGGAUUCGGCGAAUAGGGUAUAUGGAGGAUUAGUAAACAAGAAUGUUGUCAGCUACAAUGCUUUUAUCACAGGGCUACUGCAGAAUGGGGUUCCCUGUUUGGUAGUGGACGUGUUUAAGGACAUGAUGGUAUGUUCUAAUGAUAAGCCCAAUUCUGUCACGUUGGUUUCUGUUCUUUCUGCAUGUGCCGGUCUCUUGGAUGUUCGUUUUGGAAGCCAAGUUCAUGGAUUCAUCGCAAAACUUGUGACAGGGAUUGAGGUUAUGGUAGUGACCGCACUUGUGGACAUGUAUUCCAAGUGUGGUUGUUGGCACUCAGCUUUUGAUGUCUUCAAAACACUUGAAGGGAACAGGAAUUUAGUAACAUGGAACACGAUGAUUGCUGGAAUGAUGUUAAAUGCACAGUUUGAGAAAGCCGCUGAACUGUUUCAACUUCUUGUAUUUGAAGGAAUGCAUCCUGAUUCAGUAACUUGGAACUCCAUGAUCAGUGGGUUUGCACAACAAGGAAAGAGUGUGGAAGCUUUUUUGUGGUUUAGGAAAAUGAUGCUAGCCGGCAUGGCUCCAAGUUUGAAAAUUCUCACGAGUCUUUUGUCAGCAUGUUCGGAUUUAUCUGCUUUGAGACAUGGAAAAGAGAUCCAUGGACUUGCUCUCAGAAUUGAUAUUAAUAGGGAUGAAUUUUUGGUAACUGCACUUAUUGACAUGUACAUGAAAUGUGGGCAUUCUUCUUGGGCACGAGCAAUUUUUGAUCAAUUUGAGAUAAAACCAAAUGACCCAGCAUUUUGGAAUGCAAUGAUAAGUGGUUAUGGGAGAAAUGGAGACAAGGAGUCUGCCUUUGGAAUCUUCGAUGAAAUGCAAGAGCAAACAGUUCAACCAAAUGGUGCAACAUUUGUUAGCGUUCUAUCUGCUUGCAGCCACACUGGUGAGGUAGAGAGGGGUUUGCAGAUUUUCAGAAUGAUGAAAAGAGAUUAUGGCUUGCACCCAAAUCCAGAGCACGUUGGUUGCGUAGUUGACCUUUUGGGUCGAUGUGGCCGGUUGGACGAAGCUCGAGACCUAGUGGAAGAAUUAAAAGAGCCAUCUUCAUCUGUCUAUUCUUCUUUACUUGGAGCAUGCAGGUCUUACUUAAAUUGCAAUCUUGGAAAAGAAAUGGCUAUGAAGCUCCUCGAUUUGGAACCAGAAAACCCAACUCCACUCGUGAUCCUAUCUAACAUAUAUGCUGGACUGGGAAGAUGGAGAGAUGUAGAAAUUGUAAGAGGAAUGAUAAAGGAUAUAGGACUGGACAAACUCCGUGGCUUUAGCAUGAUAGAAGUCACAUGAGAAUUAGUCGUGCAGAAAAUUUUGGACAAAAUAUUUUCCUGGACACAUUAACAUAGCUAUCACACCUUGAGUGCUCUUUCUAUUCUAACUUUCACAGAAGUCACUGUUCCAAAUCUCUUUGAUCCAAAGCAAUAGGCAAAAUGGUAAGGAGGUUCAGUCAUGAAACAAGAGAUCUUAUGUCUCAGUGUAAAAUUACCUGGGUAUACCUCAAUUUUCCCAUUACUACAAAAAUUCUGCAAACAGAAAUGCAACAGCUAUGAACGCAUCAUACACAGCUGGGUCAGGUUUUCAUGUUAUGCGGAAAGUAACUUGCUUGGUUUCUCUUUCAUCAAAAAAGAACUUCUGCCAUCUAUAAGGUUACUACGAUGAUUGUGUUCAUAAAACCCAUCAGACAAAUAAUUUGGCCAGGAAGGGACAAAAAGAUGUUUACUUUUUCAAACUGAGCUGAGAACACAUAAAUACUCUGACACCAAGAUCCAAGUUGAUCAUCAAGCCUUCUAAACGACCAUAAUUGCACCAUAUCAUUGACCUUGAGAUCAUUAGAUUGCGCAUGUUUCCAACGAUAAAUCAGAUUAUAAGUAGAACAACUUUUCAUUUGCCACCUUUUCAGAAGUAAGUUGAACUCUUGAAGAUUUGGUUCCAGCACUAACACAUUUAUACGUUGAGGUCUUUUAUUAUUUGUUGAACACGUUUUCAGAAACUCAACCUCUUGAGGCUGCAGAAAAUUGCCUCUGGCUUCCUUCAAGAUCUUGUUUUCUGGGAUUGAGAAGCGAUUAUUGUUUGAAUUUGUAUCACUUUCACAAAGCUUCUCUUCUAUCACCAUUUGUAUAUCAUGACCUCCCAUAUCAUCAAUCUUUUGGUCAACCUUCAUGGCAGCAUCAAUGAGUGAAGCAAAUUCAGCAAACGUGGAGGUUCGAACAAGGAGGAAUCAUCAUGAGAAUCUUGGUUACAAUAAUGUUGAUCUUUGUUUAUAAUUUGUCUUUAUUUUCUUGAAUCUCUCUCUCUUCUGGUUGGGUCUCCUUUCUGCAACGACUUCCUCUCUUUGCAGAUUGUUUGUAAGAAGCAAACAAGUGGUAUCAUAAUAUUCAGAU